CGCCCUGCACGCGCCAGCCGCUCCCCGCUCGGCCCCCGGGCCGCCCACCUGCCUCAACCCGGCGCCCGGCCGACCCCUCCCUCCCUUCUCCUCAGGCUCCCGCCCCCGUGGUGCCCGGGGCCGCGCGGACCGCUCACCGGCUCCCAAGGCGGCGGCUGCAGCGGCGACGCCCCGCUCCCGAGUGCGGCCCCGGCCCGAGGCGGCGUGUUUUGUGGCUGUAGCACAGCGAAGGGCGGGAGCCGCGCGAUUCCGAGCGGCGGGAGGCGGCGGCUGCGGCGGCGGCGCGCUGACGUCACGCGCCGCGGGCCAGCCUGCGCGCGUGCGAGCCGCCCCGCCCCCGGUCCCACCGGCCCCAAUCCGGGAGGAGCCCGGCGAGUAGGCGGGGCCGCGGAGGCCAGCGGAUAGAUCGAUUGGCCGAGAGGGAGAAUCGAGAGGGCGAGCGGGCGAGUGGCAGCCAGGCGGGGCGGGCUGAGGCCAGCGCGGAAGUCUCGCGAGGCCGGGCCCGAGCAGAGUGUGGCGGCGGCGGCGGCGGCGAGAUCUGGGCUCGGGUUGAGGAGUUGGUAUUUGUGUGGAAGGAGGCGGAGGCGCAGGAGGAAGGGGGAAGCGGAGCGCCGGCCCGGAGGGCGGGAGGAGGCGCGGCCAGGGCGGGCGGUUGCGGCGAGGCGAGGCGGGGAGCUGGGACGAGCAGCGGCCGAGCGAGCGCGGGGCGCACCGAGGCGAGGGAGGCGGGGAAGCCCCGCCGCCGCCGCGGCCGCCGCGCCCGCCCCUUCCCCCCCCCCCCCCCCCCCCCCCCCCCCCCCCCCCGCCGCCUUCCUCCCUCUGCCUUCCUUCCCCACGGCCGGCCGCCUCCUCGCCCGCCCGCCCGCAGCCGAGGAGCCGAGGCCGCCGCGGCCGUGGCGGCGGAGCUCUCAGCCAUGGCCUCGGGCGACACCCUCUACAUCGCCACGGACGGCUCGGAGAUGCCGGCCGAGAUCGUGGAGCUGCACGAGAUCGAGGUGGAGACCAUCCCGGUGGAGACCAUCGAGACCACAGUGGUGGGCGAGGAGGAGGAGGAGGACGAAGACGACGAGGACGGCGGCGGCGGCGACCACGGCGGCGGGGGCGGCCAUGGGCACGCCGGCCACCACCACCACCACCAUCACCACCACCACCACCCGCCCAUGAUCGCGCUGCAGCCGCUGGUCACCGACGACCCGACCCAGGUGCACCACCACCAGGAGGUGAUCCUGGUGCAGACGCGCGAGGAGGUGGUGGGCGGCGACGACUCGGACGGGCUGCGCGCCGAGGACGGCUUCGAGGAUCAGAUCCUCAUCCCGGUGCCCGCGCCGGCCGGCGGCGACGACGACUACAUUGAGCAGACGCUGGUCACCGUGGCGGCGGCCGGCAAGAGCGGUGGCGGCGGCUCCUCGUCGUCGGGCGGCGGCCGCGUCAAGAAGGGCGGCGGCAAGAAGAGCGGCAAGAAGAGUUACCUCAGCGGCGGGGCCGGCGCGGCGGGCGGCGGCGGCGCCGACCCGGGCAACAAGAAGUGGGAGCAGAAGCAGGUGCAGAUCAAGACCCUGGAGGGCGAGUUCUCGGUCACCAUGUGGUCCUCAGAUGAAAAGAAAGAUAUUGACCACGAGACAGUGGUUGAAGAACAGAUCAUUGGCGAGAACUCACCUCCUGAUUAUUCAGAAUAUAUGACAGGAAAGAAACUUCCUCCUGGAGGAAUACCUGGCAUUGACCUCUCAGAUCCCAAACAACUGGCAGAAUUUGCUAGAAUGAAGCCAAGAAAAAUUAAAGAAGAUGAUGCUCCAAGAACAAUAGCUUGCCCUCAUAAAGGCUGCACAAAGAUGUUCAGGGAUAACUCGGCCAUGAGAAAACAUCUGCACACCCACGGUCCCAGAGUCCACGUCUGUGCAGAAUGUGGCAAAGCUUUUGUUGAGAGUUCAAAACUAAAACGACACCAACUGGUUCAUACUGGAGAGAAGCCCUUUCAGUGCACGUUCGAAGGCUGUGGGAAACGCUUUUCACUGGACUUCAAUUUGCGCACACAUGUGCGAAUCCAUACCGGAGACAGGCCCUAUGUGUGCCCCUUCGAUGGUUGUAAUAAGAAGUUUGCUCAGUCAACUAACCUGAAAUCUCACAUCUUAACACAUGCUAAGGCCAAAAACAACCAGUGAAAAGAAGAGAGAAGACCCUUCUCGACCACGGGAAGCAUCUUCCGGAAGUGUGAUUGGGAAUAAAUAUGCCUCUCCUUUGUAUAUUAUUUCUAGGAAGAAUUUUAAAAAUGAAUCCUACACACCUAAGGGACAUGUUUUGAUAAAGUAGUAAAAAUUAAAAAAAAAAAAAAAAAAACUUUACUAAGAUGACAUUGCUAAGAUGCUCUAUCUUGCUCUGUAAUCUCGUUUCAAAAACACAGUGUUUUUGUAAAGUGUGGUCCCAACAGGAGGACAAUUCAUGAACUUCGCAUCAAAAGACAAUUCUUUAUACAACAGUGCUAAAAAUGGGACUUCUUUUCACAUUCUUAUAAAUAUGAAGCUCACCUGUUGCUUACAAUUUUUUUAAUUUUGUAUUUUCCAAGUGUGCAUAUUGUACACUUUUUUGGGGAUAUGCUUAGUAAUGCUAUGUGUGAUUUUUCUGGAGGUUGAUAACUUUGCUUGCAGUAGAUUUUCUUUAAAAGAAUGGGCAGUUACAUGCAUACUUCAAAAGUAUUUUCCUGUAAAAAAAAAAAAGUUAUAUAGGUUUUGUUUGCUAUCUUAAUUUUGGUUGUAUUCUUUGAUGUUAACACAUUUUGUAUAAUUGUAUCGUAUAGCUGUAUUGAAUCAUGUAGUAUCAAAUAUUAGAUGUGAUUUAAUAGUGUUAAUCAAUUUAAACCCAUUUUAGUCACUUUUUUUUUUUUCCAAAAAAUACUGCCAGAUGCUGAUGUUCAGUGUAAUUUCUUUGCCUGUUCAGUUACAGAAAGUGGUGCUCAGUUGUAGAAUGUAUUGUACCUUUUAACACCUGAUGUGUACAUCCCAUGUAACAGAAAGGGCAACAAUAAAAUAGCAAUCCUAAAGCAAGAAUAUGGCAGAACAAGAUCUGUAAGCACAGUCUUAUUUUCUUUUGUUGUCCAGAAUACUUAUAAUUCUUGAGCCUCCCAGAAAUUGGAAGCUAAAUAAAGCAACUCAAGUUUCCUUUAUUUUGCACUCAAUUACAGUGAUUAUUGAUGAAAGCGAUGCAUGGAUAUUUUAAUACUUCCUACAUGUCCUGACAUCUGAAGGAGAGUAGGUAACAGGCAUCCCGAGUUCAGGAACUACCUCAGAACACCCCAGGCCAGGUUGGUCAUAGGCUGUGAUUUUAGCCCCAGGCAAGUGUGAGUGAAGCAUCUACCACUGUGCAGCCUGAGCGCCUGCGCAAGGUAAGGUGCCACCUGGCAGUGGGGCACACAGAGGGAAGACCAGGCCUGUCCAUCACCCUGCUGCCUUCAGAGGCAGCUCCAGCAGGGCCUUGGCUUGUCUGACAGGAAAUGCUUGUGGUCGCUGGUUAUUUGGUUUGAGAGCCCUUGUUCCUCCAUCUGGUGGAGUCCUUAUUAAAUACUAGCAAUGUGGCCACUGAGUACCAGUAGCGUACUUUCAUGUUUCUAAAUGGACACUGGGUGCAAAUCAGCAAGGUGAUUAGAUUAUUAGAAAAUUGUGCUCAAUGAGUACCUCUCACAUUGUAACCUCUUAAAUGUACAAUUACAAUGUUGGAUCUUACGGUCAAAUAACAGGCUUGAGAAUAUUUUAUAAACUGCCAUGAUACAGCAAAAUCUCAUUUAUUCAAAGUGCAAACAUACUGUGUCUUUCUGUUUUGUGUAUGCUUGACUGCAAGAUAAAUGACAAACUAGCUAAUAUCCGAGAUUUAUUUACAAACGGCCAGGGACUCCAUCAGGUGAAACACACAGCCCGACGUCUUAGAGCUUCUCCAUCGGUCCCAUACAGGAGGACUGGAGACCUAAUAACACUGACCCUGUGGCUCUGGAAUUUUGAAGUGCCUUUUGUGAAUCAUGAAUGAAACAUUUAACUUGAGACCCUUUAAAAAGUUAUCCAGAAUCUGUGACCCCUUGGGUAGUUUGAUGGAACUCAGUUAAGCAGAAGACCCCAGCUGUUGUCUGGGUAAGCCAGGCUUUGCUGUAUCUGGCAGUCAGGAGAGAGGUCGGCCCACGGUGGAGGUCUUCAGUGCCGAGGACUCGGAAGAGAAUGCGUAGUUCUUUGACCUGGACCUGAGCAGGGGCUUCUAUGCAUGUCUGCUUUGUGAGCACCCACAUCUUCCCUCCCCACUGUCGGGUUGAGUAGCCCCAGCGUGGCUGUGUUAGGAGUCCUUUGCCCAGCAUUGUGCUGCACUGGAGCCUGGCCCUGGCACUGUCCUCAGGACCUUGCCCAAGGGCCCACCGCAGAGCAUACCUAUGUUAUGGGGAGCGCCGCUGGCAGCCCCGAGAGCCAUGCCAUGGCCUGCAGGAGCCAGGCUCCUGUGUGGAUGAAGUUCCUCUUCCUCUGUGCCUUGAUCCCUUGGGGGUGCCUUUGGUCACCUCUUCUGUCCUUUCCUGUCUCUGAAAUAGUCAUCACCCCCCUUGACUCUCUCUGUUCACACGUCUUCUCAGUCUGCAGAGUUAACUUCUGUAAGGAGUUUAAUCUGGGGUUCCAAGAAAACAAGUUCCUUGUUAACAUAGCACUGACUUUGCAACAAUAGGAAACUAACAAAUGAGCAACAAUAUAAAGAGUAGAGGUAGUUCUCACUGGGUGUAACUUCAACCCAUUCUGCUUGUGGUUAGAAUUUAUAACUUUGCUAACGAUGUAGUUUACUAAGGUUUGAAAUGGUGUUCUAACAGCGAGUCCAUUGUCUUGAGGAUUAAUCUGAUUUAUAAGUAAUACUGAUAGACAUAUUUUCGUACAUCUGAGCAGAAAUAAAUGCAUGUUUCUAGCAUAUGUAAUAUAAAAACUCCAGAGGAUAAGUUUACACUUAACAAGAUGUUGUUUUCUAUUUUUGAAUUUCUUAUUAUUUCCCCCUUUUUGGUAGUGGGGUUGAGAGGGGGAGCAUACUAUUUGUAUAAAGAACUGUCACCCCAGAGUGACAUUUAUUUUCCAAGAUGACCCUGAACUCAUGCUAUUGGUUACAUAUGGUGUUUGUGUGCUUUGCCUAGUUUCAAGGCCUGAGGACUUGAGGAAAAUCAGGAUUUUUUUUUUUUCCUUUUUGGUUUUCAUGUAAAAGUUCUAAAUGUCACUUAUUUUGCUAAAUAAGACCCUUUCACAGGAUAGUGUGCGCAAUGCCUGUCCAUGUUUCCAAGCAGAGUUCCAGUUCGUGUCUUCACAAGUAGAUAAGAAUCACUGCCAGUCGGGGGAAGCCUGCCUGGGCAGUGUUUUGAGAUUGCGUACAUUGCAGAACUGCCCCCGUCCGUUUGCACUCUGCCUUGCAAAACUGACUAUGGAGACGUGCUGCAGAUUGGUCUCAGACCAGAGUUUAUGUCUGUGGCACAGAAAACCUGACCUCCUAAAGGAAGUUUUUGAAUUGGAAACCUGAUCAUUCUACCCACCUCCCACCCCCACUAUAGGCAGAGAGAGUUGAUUGCUUCCAGGGUCUCUGACUUCUGUGACCUGGAAAUCAGCCUGGCUUGGGAAAUUCAUGUUGUUGAUCUUUAAUUCUUUAAGUUUCUUCUAUUUUCUUGACAUCGGACCCCCAGCAAGAGUAAGGAUACCAGAGGUGAAAACUGGUGAGAGCCAGGCUGCUCACAGACACCUACUUGACGCCACGGCCAUGCCAUGAGGCUUCCUCCUAGCUGCUCUGCUGGCUUGCGGAAGCCAACUCUGAGUCACAGGGUUGCCUUGGACCCUCGGCUGUAGGGGGCGACUGUCUGGCUCCGGGCCCUUUGUCUUGGAUCCACUGACAGUAAUGUGAUCACAGCACUUCUUCAGAGUUCAGGCCCAGCAGAUCCUGGCAAGUGCAUUCUACUCGAACUUUUAACCCAAGUGGUGGGGAAGGAAGUCGAAACCCCAACCUGCACUUUCUUGGGGUUCUGGCCAUGCACUUCUUAGCCUGCUCUCUGACUUUACAGGACAAAAGGUACCCUACGCCUUCAGAAUCAUACUUACCUGCACGGCAGCAUCUGACUGGAUGGCUGGCUAGGUCUCAUCCACCCCAUUACUGACCCUUGAUUUAUGUUGUUACUGCUCAGGUUAUGCUCAGAUGCCCUGGUUGCCUGAAGAUGGUUUAAGUGCAGGCCCUUCAGACAAGUCACGUCAGGCAGGAGAGGGCUGGCCUCUAACCCACAAGAGGGCAGAUUUGUGGCCAAGAGGCUUCCUGGCAUCCACCCCAGGCCCGAGGGAUCAGUGUGGUACCAGAGAGGAUCUUUAAGCUGGGACUGUAUUGAGGGUUGAUGGGAAGUAUGGGCGGCAGGUACUUGACACAUAUCACCCAGGGCCCUUAUAAAAUCUGGAACGGAGCCUUUAAGUUGAGCGUUAGCAUCAGGUCAGCAGGCAAAGCAAACCUCCCACAAACUGGGUGCUGUAAGGCGGGAGCUGACACAUGGAGAGCUUGGUCCUGGCUGAGCAGGCACCCAGCCCCAUGUUCCCCGCCAGCAUUCUGGAUGUCAGAGGAGUGUGUAUGAUAGCGUCACAUUCAUCUGAAGCACACUGAUUGAUUUUCCACAGGUGUGGCAAGUUCGAUCAAAUUGACCGCUUUUCAUGAGUCACCCAGACGCUGUAAAAAAACCACUGGGACGUGUUGAGGAGGGGGCAGUUUGCCGUGCUGUGUUCUAUCUGCUGCUAUCUCUGGGGGCCGCAUAAUGUCCACGCACAUCAUGGAGGGGAGAAAGGCAUCAGUACCAAACAGAGUAACCUCUUUUUUCUACAAUGUCCAUACCCGACAUGUGAGGCUCUAUUAUCAACAGGUGGUGAGAAAAAUUCUGUUUUUAUUCGCUUUCUGGUAACUUCUGUAGGCCCUGGCUCAAGGACUUAGCAUUUCGUCUCAUGUGCAUCUUUUUCUUAAGUGUUCUUUGCCAUUUCUGGAAUUGUCCUUGGUUUUUCCUUAGCUCAUAGGUCAUAGAUGCAGAAAUAUAGUAUUUAAGGCAUCCGCAUCCAGCAUCAGAUGGCUUUGCAUCCAGAAAAACAUUGAUAACUCAGUUUGAAGCACCAAGCAUGUGUAAUAUGGCUCUAUAAAAUAUAAUAAAUGCAUAAUGUUAAGCUUU